AUGGGCACGGAGUCGAACGUCUCACCACAAUCGGAAGAUGCGAGUUACCUAUGGCUGGCACUUAGGCAGCGGAAGGCGGAAGUGCACGUCGACUUGCGUGACGGAGACUUCCGAGCUCUCGACAGCUCGCUAGCUGACUGCAUCUCUGUGCGUGAUAUCGUCGCCGUUCUAGCUAGCUCCAAGUCGAUAUUGAGUCGGCGACGGGCCGAUGGGAGUGAUACUGCUGAGAAAGCGAUGGGCCAUAUUGCUGGAUUUCUGAAGACCUUUCUUGAUGUUAGUGGAGAGGUCGCGUCCGCCGCAGGUGUCCCAGGAGGGAAGAGCGUCUUUGUGGCGGUUGGACUUCUGCUACAGGCCGUGGAACGCGAAAACGCCCAGCUCGAUGCCAUUGAAAAGCUGUUCCGAGCUUUCGAAAGAUACCUGGGUGGUCUGCAGAUGCGUCAACAAGCUCGCUUCAGUCCUCAAGCGGCAAAGUUAGUUAUCGCGGCUUUGAAGACGAUCCAACAAGGGUUGGAAUCUGCGAACAAGGUGUUGAGGCAAGGGCGUUUGAGGCGAUUUGUGGCAAUACUACUUCAAGAACCAGACGGUGUACAGGGGACCAUGGACGAAUUCCAGGGCAUUCUUUCGGACAUAGAAAGGCUAUCAAUCACGGAGUUGGUCCUGGACAUGAAUGCAAUCCGUUCAGAACUCGCCUAUCUAAGACACGCUGCCACGAGGAAUGAAGCCGCUGUAGCUAGCAUGCAGGCUGACGUACGCGAGUUGCGAGACAUCGUGUCGUAUGCGCUAGGUGCUCAAAUCGAUAUAAUGAGUCAACUAGUAGGAUCGGGCCCCGCAUCUGAAGUUCUCACCAGUCAAGAGCCAUUGCAGUCCAGCUCCCGGCCAACUUUGAUGCAUACGUCGGUGUCUGCGACGAUCGACGAAUCCCUUCGCAUUGGGCCACCCGAAUUCAUGAACGCGGGUGAAAGCUCGCUAGUUAAUAACACGGAUGACGACGGUGGAAGUGUCACCCUCGUCGGCGAUAACGUGAGCCAUAUCUGGAGUUUGAGCCAGCCCGACGGUAUAGAAUCAGAGGGAGUCCCUUACACAGCUUCAACGUCGGAGGCUACAACAUCAAGUCCGAACUCAGAUCAAGUCAAUGAAGGCCCUCUUCCAAAGAGCCGAAAUACUAGUCGGAUUGUGGUAGAAGAGACGUUUAGGGAGGUGACGCGGUCGUCGAGUAUGUUCUUUGAGAGUGUCUCAAUUCCAUGGCCUUCUUUCAGCAUCCUCUGGCAGUCGGGAAGAAGUGGUUUUAUGGUUGGUGCACCAUGGAGAAACCGCUGUGUUGAAACCAUCCGCAUAUGCCGCAGCCUUAAACGGUCUGGGGACGUCCAACUCGCGAAAGGUUACCUGUUUCGCAUUGUCACAGAACUCGCAUGCACGGCGCUGGACAGUGCCGCAAGGGGAAAUAUUAAGGCUGAGCGUGACUUCGUAACCUUUGGUGAUGCGGUGGACGAGCUUCAUAGAACCAGCCAGAUAGCAAGAAGGACCGGGAAUAAUCUGCAGACGGCGAAGGCGCGUGAUUAUCAAACGGCCCAUGGACGAGAUUCAACACUCGGAAAGCGCUUGGCUUUCACUCUAGAGAAGCAACGUCUCACAUACAGUGGCGGCUCAAAGAGUGGCGCACUAUACGACUUCUACGUCGUGCCUGCAGGACUUACAACACCGAUGAACCCGACGUCAAUAUGGCAGCUUACGUUUCACGUCGACCGCGACACGACUCUUCCCGAACUCGUCUUUCGCUUCCAUCGCAAAUGUCGAGAACGAUGGCCAGGGGAUCUUCCCAUUCUGCCCAUGAUAUGCCCGCAAUUCUAUACCAAACACGAGAUCGAUCGUUUAUUCGAAAAUGGAGUGGCGCGACCCCUCGACGAUACCAGCAUGGAUACAUUGGAAGGGCAAGAUACCAUAUGGGUGUAUGGCGACGAUCCAAGGGGGCAUCAUGAGCUGACACGAGGGAUGCGCCGAAACCGCAUACGGAGCGUGGGUUUCGCACCCGGGCCAACAGGUCUGACGCGAGUUUACAGAGAUAUGUGCGGUUAUCUUGCAACAGAACAGUUCCUAUUUCACGAUAGCAUUUUUGCCCCCUGGGCGGAGACCACUACUAUUCUAAGUGACUUCGAGCCGUCUGCGUACAUCCGCGAAGACCCGCUAUGCCCUGGAAAAGCUAUUUUCCAGGACAAUGUGCCGAUCGUCAAUGACAUGACUGCGGCGGGCAUCAUAACAAACGACCGCGUCCCAACCACGAUGCGCUUACACGAGCGCACACCCUUUGAUGGAUACGUCACGGAAACGAUGUUCGCUCUACAACGCCGAGCGGACGAUCUGUCAAUGCCGGGAGCGCUACCUAUAGGUCCUGAUGAAGUCGCUCUGCUAGCUCUCAACCCGUUGACGAGGCAUCGCUUUGAAAGAUCACCAUGA